ACCAGGUGUCUGCCCCGUCCCUGCCAACCCCUCCCAGCCUCGUCUUCUCACCUGUGAACGCGCGAUGGUGUCUGACAGCCCAAGAGGCCUUCCAGUCCCACAGGACCAGAGCACGAGGCCGCCGUGCCGUGGCCAGCCAUCCAACACCUCUGCCUUUCCCCUGUUCCAGGUGUCCAUGGAGCAGAGCGCGGCAGGUGGCCCCGAGAGCGUGAGGGUCUCCGGGUAUGUACAGCGCACACCCUGCCCCACCCUGCCUCUCCUGGUCCAGCUCGGCUCCCUGGGCACACGCCAAGCUCUUGCCGUCAGAGGGCACAGCCACGAAGACGCGGGGGCCUCACGUCGCCCCACUUCGCCCUCCCUCUUGUGCUGGCCGGGGCCUGGAGCUGCCUGGGGAGUUCCGGCCUGCCCACACCUGCAAGCCCACCUGCACGAACUCAUUCUGGAAUGUCCUGUCCAGGGGUCGUGCCUUACGGUGGCCACAUCGGCGAGAAGACAGCCCUUGGCGUCGGGAGCCAUGGCUGUAGUGGCAGCGGCCCACGCGAAGCUCAUUGCAGCGUUAGGAAACGCACUUCCAGCCCUCGGAGGUGCUGGCUUCCUACUGAGUGCAAGGCCUUGGCGGAUGACGUGGUGGGGAUCCAGCCAGAGAGGCAGGCGGAGCCCUGAGCAUGUCCAGUGCUGGGCAGGCGACCCGGAGGGACCCGGCCUGGGGGCACAGAGCCCCAGGCAGCAGUCCCAAGAGCCCCAGGAAGCAUUCGCGCUCGUCUACGCCCAUGCCGAGGAGGAGCUGAUGGCGAGCAUCGAGCGGGAGUACUGCCACUGA